UAAAAAGUAUAAAUACAAAGCAAUAGUUAUUCGCAAAUCACUCUCGCAAGAAUUGGCGUCUCUUGAGUUGUGAGUGGAGUUUCAUCAUCUGCAGAAUUCAAUCGGCAAGCGCAUCCAUCCAUCACUGGACACACUUAGGUCUUCAGUGACCUGUGCUUGGUAGGAGCUGUUAAUCAUGGCUAAUGAAUCCCCUCAGAAUUCAACAUUCGAACAGUAUUAUCGUUGUUACCCUGUCUCUUUCAUUGAUAAGCUGCAUCUGGAGAAUGGGGAUAAGAUUAUCAUGCCUCCCUCAGCUCUGGAUCGCCUAGCAUCUUUGAAGAUAGAUUAUCCAAUGCUAUUUGAACUUCGUAAUCCUUCUGCCGAGCGAAUGACUCAUUGUGGAGUUCUAGAAUUCAUUGCAGAUGAGGGUCUCAUAUACUUGCCAAAUUGGAUGAUGGAAAACAUGCUUAUACAAGAAGGUGACGUUGUGCAAUUGAAAAAUGUCAGCCUAUCAAAGGGAACUUAUGUGAAGCUGCAGCCUCAUACCAAGGACUUCUUAGAUAUUUCCAACCCUAAAGCCAUCUUGGAGACUUCAUUGAGGAACUACUCAUGUUUAACCACUGGUGACGUGAUCAUGGUUCCUUAUAACAAUAAGAAAUAUUACAUAAAUAUAGUUGAAACAAAACCUUCCUUUGCAGUUAGUAUCAUUGAAACUGAUUGCGAGGUGGACUUCGCCCCACCUCUUGAUUAUAUAAAGCCUGCGCAGCCAGAAAAGUCUCAUUUGUCAAACAACAAAAGGCCACCAGAAGUUAAAGAAGAGCCUAUCCAAAAGGUAGCCAAAUUCAACCCAUUCACUGGUUCUGCAAGACGCUUAGAUGGCAAACCCUCAAACCAGUCAGAUCAACCAGCUAUCUCUCCCAUGCUCAAACAGCACCAACUGAAGGAUGCUGAUGCAGAUACCAGUUUCAAGCCUUCAGAGUCUGCAUCUGAUCAGCAUUCUCGUAAGCUUGUGUUUGGUUCCAGGAUGAACCAGCCUUCAAUCGGAUCAGCCAAGGUCUCCCCAAAGGAAAGCGGACAAGACCCACCGAAGAAAGUGGAAGAACCAAAGUUCCAAGCUUUUACGGGGAAGAAGUAUUCACUUAUCUGAAGCUCAUCUCGCUUCCAUCCAUCUCUACACUGCACUUGUUUAAUGUUAAUACUGUAGUAUAGGCCUAUUAGUUAUUCGUAGUUAAAAGUUUUCCCUAUUUUUUUCCGUGGCCUACAGAUUACAGUCAUUCUUCAUACUAAGGAAGCAUUUACCCAUCCA